AUGUCCAGCAUCAAUGCCUUAGUUUCAUGGCCAGCCGCUCCCUUAACAGAUUCUCUCGUACGCAAGGCUCUCGAUCAGCUCUCCCUUACAAUAUCUUUUGUCGACAAAGCACAGGCUAAAUCAGUGACACCAUUACUGCAAUGGUGCACCUACGAUGACAUGGACCACGAGCUCAUGCAUUUCAAUCGCAAAACCGUUCUAUCGUCUAGUUACACUUUCAGGAAAGCUCUGAUUCGGAAACACUUUUUGUCUCGCAUUAUACACUCAUAUACGACCAAGAACCCUACGUCUAUUUUGAAAAAUUCGGUUCCUAGAACGUUUGAAAUCGAGAUCUCAUUUGCGGACGAGCUGGAUGAAUUAUGGACAGACGAACUCUGGGAGCUUGGCGCUGAGCUGGACAACGGUAAAUCGUGGUGGAUUUUGAAACCAGGUAUGGCAGAUAGAGGGUCUGGGAUCAGAGUGUUUCAUAGCAAAGAAGGUUUACAAGAGAUCUUUGAAGAGUUUGAGGAGCAGAGCGAUGAAGAAAAUGAAGAUGGAGACGGGAAUACGCAAAGAGAAACAUCCGUUGUAACCUCGCAACUCCGACAUUUCGUGGUACAGGAGUAUAUCGAUACCCCGUUGCUUUUUGACCCAACGGAAACCACUAAACAAAAUCCGAAAAUCGACGAACUCGUUGGGCGCAAAUUUCAUCUUCGUGUAUAUUGCGUUGCUAAAGCAGACAUAGAGCUAUAUGUUUAUGAUCGAAUACUGGCUCUGUUUUCUUCUGUUCCGUACACCUCUCUCUCUGCUAGAGACGGAGGGGACGAAGGUGCAGAUAUUGAUCUCCGACCACAUCUUACCAAUACCUCGCUCCAGACGGAGCUAGGAGAAAGUAAUGUAAGGCUGUUAGACGAGUUGGAAAACUGCCACAUUAUAUCGGGGGAAGAAAAUGUCAAGUUCACAACCUCUGAUAUCAAAUCUCUGCGGGCCGAUGUAGCUGAAGUUCUCGGCGACGUGUUCAAAGCCGCACUUCAAAACCCUGUCCAUUUCCAGGCACUCCCGAAUGCUUUUGAGCUCUAUGGAGUCGAUUUUGUGGUUAGCCAUGAACCGUCCAAUCCCGACAAAAAGCUUCACGUUAAACUCUUGGAAAUAAAUGCCGAACCAGCAAUUGAGCUUACGGGCCCUCGGUUAACCUGGUUCUUAGAAGAUCUUUUCAAAAGAAUUGGGCAGGUGUGUGUGGAACCAUUUAUCGUCCACAAGGAAGAAGGGGCCAAGUCAUGGCAUGUGGGUGAAACCAAAUACAAUUUCAUCAAGUGUUUGGAUGAAAAUAUACGGGCAAUGGGUUCAAACUAA